AUGCUCGGCAUAAAAUCGCGACUAUUUCUAUUCCUUCUGAUCUUCUCCGUUUCCGAAAUCCAAUGUCAAAAAGUCGUUGUGAAUGCGGCUGUCUACAAUAAAAAUUGUGAAGUGUUUUGUGAAGCGGUGAAAAUCGAGAAUAACACGAAAUGGAAAAAAUGCGCGAAUUCUAGUGAUUGUGAAACAAAAGAAGAAUAUUGUGAACUUGGAUCUGAACCACUUGGAAAUGGCAAACUCAAAUUUUUGAAUGAAAAAUUCUGUUUUCCAACGAUUCCUCUUUAUUAUGAAAAGACUUUGAUGCGGUGUACAAUUGAUGAUGAUUGUUCUGCAGAUGGAAAUUAUUGUGAUCAAAAUGUUGAGAAAAAAGUGGCUUUUUGUGCAACACGUGAGUUGAGGAAGAGCUUCUUUUCAUGAAAACCGAAAAUUUGUUCUUUUUCAGCCAUCAAAUCUUGCAAAAACGGUCCAAGUUUAACAAAACGCCCGUGUUUGGAUGAUUGGGAUUGUCAAAAAACGCACAAAAAUUCGAAAUGCCUCGAAAUCGAUGAUGGUCGAAAAACGUGUUGCAUCAAUCCCGAGGAACUCGCCAAAUCCAAUUGUUCCAGCGGAUUUCCGACAUAUCCAUUUCAAUAUUGCGAUUCUUCUUCGAAUCCCUGUGCCUAUGCGGGAGAAAGCUCGCUGAAAAAAUGGUGCGAUUUUGAUUCCAAGAUUUGUUGUGAGACCGAGAAUCAUUAUUAUGAUGAUUUGAAGGGAAAGACGGAGAUGAUUUAUUGUCCGGACCAUCGAACUGUUUUGUCGGCACAGCCGGGUUGUGGAAAUGGAGAGGAUUGUGAGAUUGGUGGGAAUUGCUGGAAGGGAAGAUGUUGUCCGGAUUGUGAGGGUUAGUUUUCUGGAGGUGGAGGUUCACGGCUGAUUCAAGAACGAAAAAAUGUUUAAAAAAUAUUUGAAAAGUCAAAAAAUGACGAAAAAUAUUAGUUUUUCGAAUUUUUAGUCAAAAAUUAUGACAAAUCAAGAUUCUCGAGUGAUUUCUAGUGAAAAUUGACCUUGGAAUUCACUUUUCAGAAGUUUUUUGCAUCAUUUUUCGUUUAAAAAUUUCAAUUUUUGAUGAAUUUAAAAUUAGGUAAAAUAUGGUUCUCGCAGCUUAUUUUCAUCAAAAAUCUCGAUUUGUCAUUAUUUUUGACAGAAAUCUUGAAAGUCUGAUAAAAAUAAGCUUCGAGAACCCUAUUUCACCUCAUUUUAUGAAUUUUUUCGAAAUUCAUCAAAAUUUGAAAUUGUUUAACGAAAAAUCAUUCAAAAAACUACUUAAAAGUGAAUUCCAAGGUCAAUUUUUAUCAGAAAUCACUCCAGAAGCUCGCCCUGGCUGGCUAGAGUAGAAUUUUGAAAAAAUCUGAAUUUCAGAGUUUUUCGAGGUCGAAAAGGGAAAAAUUCACAGUUUUCAUACUUAAAAAAGUUAGCGUUUUUGUUUCGAAAACCAUAAUGUUUUCUUUUCAGUGAACAAACUAGACAUCAAGAUGAAAUUCGAAGAUCUGCCAGAUAAAUCAUUUAUGACAGAAUCUCCUUGCAAAUUCGAACAAGAAAGCACACGUUUGUGGUGGUGGACAUAUUGUGAUCAAAAGCAGCUGAAAAUUGUGCAACUCGGAAAAUUGAACAUUUUCGGUGAGCCGAUCGAGUUGGGAAAUUCGACGAAUUGCAAAAAAUCGACUGAUUGUGACACGAUUUAUCAGGAAAAUAUGGUUUGUAUUUCGGCGGGCGAGCACAAAUCGUAUUGUGUUAUAAUGCCGGUUAGUUUUUAAAUGGCGAAGAUUCCGUGAAAAAAAAAUAAAUAAAUAAAUAAGAAACAAAAAAACGUGCGAGCGUUGCAAACACACAUGCCCCACAUUGCAAAAGGGGCGUGGCUUUGCGAAUUUUUUUCGUUUUCGAAAAUCAGUUUUUUUUCAAAAAAAAAAUCCGAAUUUCAGACGCUGGAAAAUGUCAACGCCCUCAAUGUCACUCACUUUCGCUCAGCCCAACAUCGAAUGUCAGUAUACAUCCAAUAUGUAGUCUAUAUUGGACUUGUUGGAUGUUGUAUUCUAGUUGUCGUUUGUAUUGCUGAUUGGUGUUAUCGAAAAUCGCGAAGAAGAUUGAGGGUUUAG